GGCAGCAUUACUUUUACUUUUUGCUGUUCUAAACCUAAACUGACUGGAGUAAACCUGUGGAAUUUGUUUGAAGUAUUAAGUGGUUUAAAAAUGAGUCACACUGAAGUGAAAAACCUGAAGCCUACAACUUUUGAGGAUCGCUACUAUGAUGAAUAUGAAUAUUACAAUCUGACAGACCGCUACACAGAGUGUGCAAGUCGCAAAGGCAGAACAAAGAAGGAGGCCAGCUGCAACACCAAUCGACACAACCCCGCUGGCCAUGAGCGCAAAAUUGUUGAGAAACUUCAGAAUGCUGAGAAAAAGGCCAAAGACUGAGACUACAAAGAAUAGUUUGGACUGCUUGACCGACCUUGAGCACCUCUGCAUCAGCAUUUAAAAGGCAGAAGAUCGUUUAGUCUUGCAGAUUCCAGCAAGGCUUGAAUGAUAAGUGUGAAGCUAUGCUUGUUGCCCAUUCAGUUUUGGCUGUUCAGUUUAGGGUACAGUUCAUGUACAGUGCCGUGGUUGAAGUGUUUAAAAUGAGAAAGAAGCAAGGCCGUAAUCACGUAAUCACAAUAUACACUGUGGAGGACACCCCCCCCCUCAAUAUUCAGAUAACCUAGGGGUGAUUGAAGACAAUAACACCCAUAAAAAAGUAGUGUUUUGAUUGCUGAUGUAGCGAUCUCUAAUUAUUUAUUCUUUCUGUGCGGCACGGUAAUAAAUGGCCCGGUGGUUGGGGACCACUGCACUAGACCCCCAUGUUCAAUUCAUAGCUACGGCCUUGGAAAGAAUGCACAUUUGGUGGUCAGAAGUGAAUAAGUAUUGUUAUUUUUAACAAUAAAUGAUUAAACAAUUUGUAUUACCUAAUAAAAUAUGGUUCAUUAAAAUAUGAUUAAACCACCAUAAUAAUACACAAACACAUUUUGCCCAAACUAAGAACACAAAAUUUUUACUUUUAUGUCUUAAUUAAAUGCAUUGAUUAAUGAAUUACAGUCUAAGCAGGAAAACAUAUGUAACACAUAUUUUAUAGCAAAAGUGUUCCAAUGGGAGUAUGGGUUGUAGCUACUUUUAGUACGUUUAGUUUACAUUUAGGUAAAAUGAGUUUGUCUCUUACAAAGCUAUAUAUCAGGUUUCAUAAAGAGUUCACAUAAAGAUCCAAGUAAUGCUUAAUUGUUAGCAAAUGUUUAAUCUUUUGGUGUAAGGGCACUUCAAUUAUUACUGGAAUUAUUACACAUAUUUUAUUACUCGAAUUAAAUGAUGAAUUAAA